AUGGGGUCGCUAAAUUGCUGGCUUCUUGAGUUCGUGUUAAUUUCAGCGUCGUCAGUUGUAUCGACCAAUCCGCAAAACUAUUAUUACAAUGGAUACGCACAGAGCGCACCUUGGUCUGGAGUGGGUUCUACGUAUGUUUCGAUUGAUAACUACGGAAAUUGCCAGGCCCACGAUCGUCCUUUGGUUGGAAGAUGUGUGAGGUAUGUGGAUUGCAUCAGUGCUCUGCAAUCGGUGCCCCAAGUGACGCCACUACUUUGCCCAUCGUCGUGGCCCAAUCAGCUGGUGUGCUGUCCCCAUGGCGGAUACUUGAUUUCGGCACCCAGGAUCUCGAAAAGCGAGGAAGCCUGUUCAAAUGCUUAUUCAAGAGUUCAUCAUAAGCGCCGUCGUCGGCGGCGUCGAAAUCCUACCUACAAUGAAGAUCAAGUGAAACUAGUUGAGCCCAUUAUCCAAAAGCGCAAUCACAGCGAUGAUUUCCUGGUGGGCGGCAGACUCACCCUGGAUAACGAGCAUCCCUAUAUGUGUGCCAUCGGUAGUCCUUUCCGCACAAACAGCAAGCGCAGGUAUACGUUCAACUGUGGCUGCGUGAUGAUUUCGCCGCGGUUCGCUAUAACGGCAGCCCACUGUGCCAACAUCGGCGGGGAAUCCCCGUCUGUGGCGUUGAUCGGUGGCGUUGACUUGAACAGCAACCGCGGGCAGCUAAUAGAAAUCCAACAGAUCACCAAGCACCCGCACUUCGAUGAGGAGACCCUUACCAACGACUUGGCACUGGUCAAAUUGGCCAGGAGAUCCCACAAGCCGGUGGCCUGCCUGUGGAACCACGAAUCUCUGCCAGAAAGUCCGCUGACUGCCCUGGGAUAUGGACAAACCAAGUUCGCUGGCCCCCACUCCAAUGAAUUGCUGCAAAUAAUGCUUUACCCCUUGGACAUUCAACAAUGCCGGAGAUAUUUGCAAAACGAUGACAAGCUGGUUAAUGGUUUAGGACCGGGACAGCUAUGUGCGGGAGAUUACUCUGGUAAUAUGGACACUUGUCAGGGUGAUUCUGGAGGACCAUUGCUGUUCCAUCAGCAUAUGCGGCAUCAGCACUACAAGAUUCCCUACGUGGUGGGCCUAACUUCCUUUGGAGGAGCCUGUGCCACUGGUCAACCCGGUGUUUAUGUGCGAAUAGCCCACUACCUUCAGUGGAUAGAGCAACAGGUGUGGCCAUGA